AUGGCAACCGAACAAACUCUUUCAUCAUUGUGGGUUGUAGAACCAUUAGACGAAAAUCAUACUAAUACUACUAAUAGUAGAUUAACAACCAUUGAUAAUCGUUCAUCGUCUUUACAUUAUCCGCAUACUUCGUUAUACAAGACUGAAGUAUUAAUUGAUGGGCACUUAAAACUACACUGGAAUACAUGUUGGACAAAAGUUGUUGCUGUAAAUGAAUUAAUUAUUGGUUUACUGAUACUUAUUCUUGGGAUACUUCUUGUUUUCUUUCAAUUAACAUUAUCAUCAACUGCUCAUGGUAUUUGGACAGGUGCUUUAGCAUUUAUAGCAGGGUUAUUCGCUUUUUUUACUAUUAUCUAUCGUCGACACCGAUUUUUUCUUGUCGUUGCCACUAUUCAUAUUCUAACGGGAUUAGCAUCAACAAUAUUAAUUUUUAUUUCAGUACUCGCUAUUGCAUUACAAAUGACUAAUAAGAAUUCCAAUUUGACAAUAAAUAUUAAUGACCAUCAACUUAACUAUGGCUUCCAUAUUACAUUAAUUAUUUUAGGUAUUUAUGAAAAACUACUAUGUUAUACAUUCUUAAUAAUGAUCAUUCGACACACGCACAAGACCGUCUAA